AUGGGUUUGAAUAUGGCAAUAAAUCUGGAUGUACAUGACCUCUUAGUCUUGGGGGAUUCCGACUUGCUCAUUCGACAAGCUCGAGGCGAAUGGGAAACUCGAGACAUUAAGCUCAUACCGUACAAACAAUCUUUAGAAGAUCUCAUCAAAAAGUUCAAGUCCAUUAAAUUUAGAUAUAUUCCAAGGUUUCAGAAUGAGUUGGCUGAUGCGUUGGCCACCAUAGCAUCGAUACUUCCAUACCCAGGUAAUACCUACAUUGACCCGUUGGAAAUCCAAGUAAAGGAUCAACAUGGUUAUUGCAAUAUGAUUGCGGUAGAGGCAGAUGGUGAGACUUGGUAUCACGACAUCAAACAGUUUAUAAAAGCUAGAGAAUAUCCACUGCAUGCUGAUAGAGAUCAAAAAAGAACUAUGAGGCGACUCGCCAAUGGGUUCCUCUUAAGUGGCGAUAUCUUAUAUAAAAGGAAUCCGGAUUUGAAUUUAUUACGAUGUGUGAAUAAUCAAGAGGCAGAAACAAUUAUGAAUGAGGUACACUCAGGGGUAUGUGGCCCACACAUGAAUGGUUACGUCCUAGCAAAAAAGAUUAUUCGGGCAGGAUACUAUUGGUUGACCACGGAGCGAGAUUGCAUCCAAUUUGUUCGCAAGUGCCAUUAG